AUGUUCUGGACGAGCAAGAGGCCUGUGGUCGCGCUGACAGAGGUCUCUUCGUAUGAUAAUGGCUCACGGAAUACCUCCCCGGUGGAGAAGACGACAUAUUCUCAAGAUCCAAGGUCUCGAAAGUCGAGUUUCCCGUGGACACUGAAAAAGACGGACAGCGAGUGCAGCCUUGAGGGUGAGCACAAACAUGGCUGGAAGCCCGUGACGCUCAGCGCUCCCGUGCUCGUUCUCUUUGCUCUCUUCUCCCUCGUUCUCGUUGCCAUCAUUGAAAUCCUCGCACAACAGAGCCAACGCGAAGGCGGACUCGCCCUGUCACCGUCCGCGGACGACCUUCCCACCUAUGUCACUUUCGGCUACCUCUUCCUGCCGACCAUCAUUGCCGUCAUCUACAGCUUAUUUUGGAGUUGGGUUGACCUCGAUGCGAAGCGCAUACAGGCCUGGUUCGAAAUGUCCAAGGACGAGGGAGCCACUGCCAAAAACUCCAUUCUCCUGGCAUACCCCUAUGAUUUCGUGGGCACGGUUCCUAUCAAAGCCGCGAGGAGGAGACACUGGCCGACGUUCCUCGCAGGGACUGUCAUGGUCAUCAUCUUUUGGUUGAUCACCCCCCUGCAAAGUGCCAUCAUGGGCACCGGCAUCGUUUCAGUCAAACGCGAUGUGGCCUUCAGCACCAACACCCAGUUCGAGCCGAUUGUGGAGCACGAAUACCUUUUGGAUCACCAACUGGACGGGGAUUACAACCAAGUACUCGACUGCUUUGAAUUGCUGGCCAGCCCAAACGGCCCAACAAGGCCCAGCCUCGAGAAGGACCUUUUCCUUUGA